GCACUUUACCACCUCUGUCUCCAUUUCCUUCAAUUGCUCUGGCUCGAAUCUAUACGAUCGCGGAAGAUGGCGAAAUGGUGGAUGAUUGCGACGGCCGUGGCGGUAGUUGCGGUUCUGAGGCAAGGGACCAAGCACUACGGCUGGGACAUUGGCCCGGUGAUGAACGCGCUCAAGGAGCUCUCGGAGCGGCUCGGGAUUUGGGCAAUUCCGACGUACGUUGCCGUCCACACCGUAACCCUAGCUCUCUGCCUCCCUUACGCCGUUGUAUUCGAGUCUGCAGCUCCUGGAUUCUUCGGCUUCCUCCCCGCCAUCAUCUGUGUUUUCUCCGCCAAAGUCCUCGCAGCUUCUCUCUCUUUCUGGAUCGGCAGGUUAGUCUUUAGGAGUUCAAGUUCAGCAAUGGGAUGGGCACAGAGAAACAAAUACUUCAAUGUGCUCUUAACAGGGGUGGAGCGCGAUGGUUGGAAAUUUGUCCUUCUCGCGAGAUUCUCCCCUAUUCCCUCAUACAUCAUAAACUAUGCAUUGGCAGCCACCAAGGUGAGGUUUUUGGCGGAUUUCCUCCUCCCGACGGUCAUGGGCUGCCUCCCGAUGAUCAUACAGAACGCAUCGGUGGGAAGCCUCGCAAGUAUUGCGGUCACUUCAGCAGCUGGCCAGCCGAAAACCCAACUGAUGGCUUAUGUUUUCCCGGUACUCGGGAUAUUUUCAAGUGUUCUCAUUUCCAUGAGGAUCAGAAAGUACGCAGCCCGGAUUUCGACAAUGGAUGCGUCUCCUCCUGCUCGAUCAGGUGACAGCGCUAACGCAGUAGAUGGUUCUCAUGUUGAGAAAAGCAAGUGAUAAUAGAUACAAGUUGUGAUGAAUUUUGCUGUGGUGAAAAUGUGUUAUUAUUGGUCUGAAUUCUUACACAUCUCAUAAACUUACACCUUUUUUUUUUAAUUGUCCGAAUAUGAAGGAAUUCUCUGUUUGACAA